CAGACCAAAAUCCACAAAUGAUUCGCACAGAAUAAUUUCUCGCUGCUGCUGUGACCUAAACGUAUUUGGUCGACCGCAGAAACUGGGAUGGAGGAGGGAAAGGAAGGGGGAGGUAGAGGAGGAGAUGAAAGGGUGGGAAAUACGCCGGCUGUGUGGAAGGAAAAGAUGGUGAGGGAAUGGCAGAAGAUCCGAGAGCACGCGGAGACGUAUCCGUACGUUUGGGGAUCGUAUAUCGUGGUCUAUGGAAGCUUUGGCGUUUACUUAACGUACCGGUGGCGGAAGCUUCGACGAACGGAGGGCCGUGUCCGCAUCCUACAGGAGCGGCUUCGCAAGCUCGUUGAGGAAGAGGAGGCUGCCACCGCUAGCUCCGGAAGCGGUGCAUCCAUCAAACCUCCGUCAGCUCCACCGAAGUCCGUUGCGACACCGACGAAGGAUCUAUUGACUGGACAAACAAUUCUUCAAGGUCGUAGCACUAAUGGACUCUAUCCCAUCACCACCUCCACCGUCGACUCACAUCAUUUGUCUCUCACCAUGGAACUCAACUUAAUUGCUCUCUGGCAUGCCUGUUUAGGUCACCCGCAACAUUCUACACUAUACAAGCUAUCCAAACUCCUCAAGUUCAACUGUCCGUCGUCUCUUACUAAUAGUUGUACUGCUUGUAAUGUAGCCAAAAAUCAUAGGCUACCAUUUUCUUCAAAACUAUCGUGUAAUUUCACUUUACUAUCUUUAAUACAUACAGAUAUUUGGGGACCUUCACCUGUUCCUUAAAUGCUUAUAUUUACUAUAUCGUUCGUAUUGAUUAUUGCUCCAAAUUCUCUUGGAUAUAUCCAAUGCAUCACAAAUCGGAAACUGCAAGUCAUCUCAUUAACUUUAUUUCUACGGCAGAGAUGAUUCCGUUGGUGAUCAAUGGUUGGAUGGAUGAGUGCGAAAGACUCGCAGCUGUCGUACAGUAGUGGUAGUUGUGUUGUGCUGGUGGAAAUGGCUGAUCAGUGCAGUGUGAUACGGCUUGCGUAUCAGUCUUCUACUUAUCAUAUUGAAGUACCUAUCAUCAAGUUCAUGUGGCACAUGUUGCAUAUGUAACACAUACCUUGCUUUACUGUAAUAUCUGAGGAAGAGAUGCAUGAGAUUUUUCGAUGUAGUAGGCCAGCAUUUUGGUAAAAAGAACUUCAAAGUUCACCAUCGCAGAUGCAACUCUAAAACCCUGGUUUGUUAACUUUGAAAAAACCUAAUCAGGAACUAGACAUUGUUGUGUGACAUAUCCCGUUAUCUGAUUGAACAAUGGCCUACAGUUUGAAUCUCUCAAAAUUCGGUUCUUUGAUGUGAUCUUUAUUAUUGAUCCAAAUAUAUUAUUGAUCUUCAUAUAUUCCAUAUUAAUGUUUCAUA